GCUUCACCCUCUCGCAACAACUUGUUAUAUUCUGGGUUUUUUUCACUUUCUCUAAAACCUCUUUUAGUGUUAUAGUUUUCUAAGCCAUUUUUUUAUAAUCAAGAACUGGCUAACACAAAGGAUAGCAUUCUGGAGGAAACCAACAAGAACCAACAAGUGGUUCUCGUCCUCUAUGAGGCCAUAAACACUCGAGACGUCCAAACCGUUCAUCAAAUCCUUGCCCCUGACCUUGAAUGGUGGUUCCAUGGUCCUCCAGCCCACCAGUUUAUGAUGCGCCUCCUCACGGGAGCUUCAUCGGACCAAACUUUCAUUUUCGACGUUGACCCUCUUUCGGUCACCACUUUUGGGUCCACCGUCAUCGUUGAAGGCUGUGAUCAUAAACGUUCAAUCUCUUGGGUUCAUGCUUGGACUGUAAGUACUGAUGGGAUAAUAACAGAAGUGAGAGAGUAUUUCAAUACUUCUCUCACUGUUACUCGUCUUGUGAACUCUAGCCAAACACCACCAUUCAACUACAACUCAUCAUCGUCAUCGUCAUCACCGUCGCCGUCCUCUGGUUCUUCAUCAACGGCUGAGAUUACUCCUGUGCAUUGCUUUUCCGUUUGGGAGAGCAGCUUUUCCAAUAGAGUUGGGAAGUCUGUGCCGGGUCUUGUCCUGGCAAUUUAGUCAUUUCCUUAUCUCUUUCCAUGAUCAGGUGCAGCCGAAUGUAGGACAAUAUAAAAUAAAUAAAAAGAACUUGUUAUGAUCA